AACCCAAGCAGUGGUUAAUCCACCAUUCUCUGCCUUCAAAAGUCAGUAUCUCCAGGAAGGGGGCACGGCAGAAUCUAUUUAGCUUUCUCACUCCUUUUUCUUGUUCCUUACUCUUAUCUCUGCCUAUGGUUGCUUCAAAUUUCAGCUCUAAUCCCAAAAAUAACUAACAGAAACAACCAUGCUACCGUUGUUUGGUUAUUGUUCCUUUCUCUCCUUCGUUCUUCUUUUCCUCUGUUUUUUCCCACGUUUUUGUUUUCCUGCUAGAAUCACACCAGGACAAGUAACUGUCAUAACUAUCGAUGAUCAAAACGCUACCUGGUAUAAUUUUACUCGCUUUAAAGACGCUGAGAAAGGUUGCCACAUCAGCGGCAUGUCGGAACUCAAAAAAUAUUUCCAGCGGUUCGGCUACUUAUCGAUUCCCAACAAUCAAAACGAUAACUUCACUGACGUUUUCGAUGCUCAAUUUGAAUCCGCCGUGAUUUUGUACCAGCAAAAGUUUGGGUUACCGGUAACCGGAAAGCUCGAUUCCGAAACGAUAUCAACAAUCAUGUCCCCAAGGUGCGGUGUUUCCGACACCGAAUCGACAAUCCAUGCGACGAAACAUUUUGCCUAUUUUUACGGAAGGCCGAGGUGGGACCGUGGGUCGUCCAUGACUUUAACAUACGCUUUUUCGCCUACAGACAUGAUCGAUUACAUAAGCUUACCGGAAAUCAAAACAGUGUUUAAGCGCUCGUUCUCGAGGUGGGCUUCGGUGAUUCCAGUGAACUUCACGGAGAUAGACGAUUAUCCAUCAGCUAAUAUCAAAAUCGGGUUUUUCAAGGGCGACCACGGUGACGGUCAACCGUUUGAUGGGGUUUUAGGAGUGUUAGCUCAUGCUUUUUCACCAGAGAACGGAAGGUUCCACUUGGACGAAGAUGAAACGUGGGCCAUUGAUUUCGAGAAAGUGAAAUCAAAGACGGCUAUUGACUUGGAAUCAGUGGCUACACAUGAGAUUGGCCAUAUACUCGGGUUGGCCCAUAGUUCGAUCAAGGAAGCCGUGAUGUAUCCGAGCUUGAAGCCACGUAGUAAAAAAGUGAAUCUUAAACUCGAUGAUGUAGAAGGUGUUCAAGCAUUGUACGGAUCAAACCCUAACUUCAAAUACAGUUCUUUGUUGGCGUAUGAAAAUUCUUACAACAAAGCAAUUAACCUCAAUCAAAGAUCUUGUAGUUGGACGUUUUCAAUAGUAGUGGUAGUUUUUUUUAUUCUUUUCAUGAUUACAUAAGAGCCUUCUUUUUUGAGCUCUUUUAUUUAUGUGUGAAGAAAAAAUUGCUCACACCCAAAAAAAAAAAAAAACCGAAACAAUCUUUGUUUUGUAUAAGGAUGUAAUAUAUUUGUGAAUAAUUUUUUUAUUAUA